AUGGCCAACAAGAUCAGCAAAGCGCAGGUGGCGCAGCCGGGGGACACCAUCUUUGGGAAGAUCAUCCACAAAGAGAUCCCUGCGAAGAUCCUCUUCGAGGACAAGAAGUGCCUUGCGCUCCACAACAUUUCCCCACAAGCUCCAAACCAUUUCCUAGACCUAGCGGUUCCCAAGAAGCCCAUUGCUCUGUUAUCUCAAGCGCAAGAUUCUGAUGAAGCUCUUCUUGGACACUUAAUUACUGCGGGAAAUAAAUGUGCAACUGAAUUAGGCUUGAUGAGGGGAUACCGAAUGGUGUUGAACGAAAGGCUGGAUGGUGGUCAGUCUGUCUACCAUGUGCAUCUCCAUGCCCUCGGUGGCUGUCAGAUGAAUUGGCCUCCAGGUUAA